UGCUCUCUAGCCUUCUUUGUCUUCGGAGUGUGGUCUUUGCACGUGUCGAUAUAGUUUCAGUCGGUGAAGCUUCUUAAGAUUACGCCCCGUAGGUGUUUCGUUGACAUCCACAGCGUCUUCCCUUAAUGCCGCCGAUUCGGAAUGAGGCUCGCGUGAGACGCGUUUCUCCUUGAUCCGAGAAACAGGAAACGGAUCCCCUGAUAUGCUAUUUCGCUUAAGUGGACGAGUACCCGUAGAAUAUUUUUAAGAGGAAGAUGAAUUUUCAGAUCAAGCGCUCGUGGAGCGAGCGUUUCCAUGUACCGCGGACUAAAUAGUCGGCCCAAUUUGGUCCAGCGAAGAAUGAAUUCCUAGCAGAAGAGUGUUCAACGUAAAAUUAGCGUUGACGUAGACGUUGUUUUCGUUAAGGGAAAUAUACACGACGAAUAUUUUCAAUAUGAAGCGUAGCUUGGAUGGGAGAAACAUUAGCCAGGAGGAGAUCGAAGAUCAUGACCCGCUGCAGGUGCAACAGCAGCAAGACGAUGUUGAGCAACAGCAACAGCAAAUGGAACAGCAAACGGCCCAACCACAGAUUCGUUUUUUGAGUACAAACGUACUACAGCAGUUACAACAACAACAAGAUGUUCAACAACAAGCGCAACAGCAACAGCAGCCGCAAGUAAUCACGUUGCAACAGCUGCAAAAUUUUGUGCCUUUACAAGCUCAGCAACCGCAGCAUGACCAGCAAAGACCGCAAACGAUUUCUGUGCAAUCGUUGCCACAACAGUUUUUGCAAUUAAUUAGUACUCAAGCGCAAGCUGCACUUCAACAGCAACAGCAACAAACGCAACAGCAGGCACAACAGCAGACUCAACAGCAGCAGCCUCAACAACAGCUUAGUUAUAGUGUAAUUCCACAGAUGCAAACUGUUAAUAUUGACGGUCAAGAGGCACUGUUUAUACCAUCUUCUGCUAUGUCUGCGACAGGCGGACAUCAUCAGACCCAGCCUACAAUGCAAUUUGCUACAGCUAAUGGGCAACAAGUUCAACUUGCUAGUCAGCAAGUGCAAUUAGCGAAUGGUCAGACCAUUAUUACACCUCAGCCUGUCAGUUUGAUAAGGGCACCCAAUGUCUUUCCCACUUCUAUUAUACAAAAUAUCACUGGUCAGACUGUACAGUUGCCAACAGGUCAGAGUGUGCAAGUUAGACCACUUCAAUUUCCAAUGCAACAUGUUCAGCAAACUGUACCUGUACAAGUACCAGUUACUGCUAGCAAUGGACAAACCGUAUAUCAAACAGUUCAUUUUCCUGUACAAGCAUUAUCCAGUGUUUUUAAUGUGCCUACAACACAAAUGAUACCACAAAUUACUCAGCAAAUACCACAAGUAGCGCAAAUAAUAACACCAAAUGGACAAAUUCAACAAGUCCAAAUUGCUAACUUGCCACAGCUUCAAAGUUUACAGAGCCAGCAGGUAACGCAAGUGGCUCAGCAAGUUGCACAGCAACAAGCGCAACAGCAAGUGGUACAGCACCAAGCUCAACCGCAGGUAUUACAAUCUGUACAGCAACAGCAACAGCAACAAGCUGCACAAGCCCAAGUACAACAACAACAGCAACAACAAGUGCAACAGGUUGUUCAACAAGUUAUACAACAACAGCAACAGCAACAGCAAGUUCAACAAGCACAACAACAAUCAUCAGCACCAUCCUCUACUGUAGCAACAUGGAGUACAACUGUAACAACUCCGAGCAAUGUUCAGGUACUUGGAAUUGGUGCACUUGGAAGGCCAGUAGCGGCGGGUGGCAAUGUAAUUACCACGAAGGAUGGUCAAAAAAUUGAUGUGCAAACGUUGUCAGCUUUAACGAGACCACCAGAAUCAGUCGAAGGUGAUAUAAAAGUAACUAGCAUUGAUGCCAGGCAAUUAGCCAGUGGUCAAGUUAUACAUAUUCCAGCUGCUCAAUCAACACAGCCUGCUGUCCAACCUAUUACGAUUACAGGAACACAAGCUCAACAGUUAACUUUAAUUCCUGCCUCCGCGUUAGCAAAUUUAACUACCCAGCAAGGCAAUAUGAUGAGAGGUGUAGGUAGCGGAAGUAUAAUGCAACUCCAGCCUGCCGCGGGUAUGAAUGCAACCAAUGGUUUUCUUCAAUCGAUACCUGUACAAAAUAUCCCAGGUUUGGGCAAUGUACAAGUUAUACCUGCAAGUGCACUUCAACCUGCUACCGUACAAACUUUGCCUGCGACAGCAGCCGCACCUAUCGUGGCUGCUCCAACGGUUCAGUUAGACUCUAAUGAUCCAACGAAAUGGCAAAUUCUUCAAACCCUGCAAUCAAAUAACGCAUUGACAACACCUACGCCUACUUCACAUCAGCAUCAAGUCACUACAGCAGCCUCUACAAAUGUAGACAGUGAUACUAAUAAGCAACAUAGAAGAAGAGUCGCUUGUACGUGUCCCAAUUGUGGCGAUGGUGAUAGAAAUAGGGACAUGACUAGAAAACGGCAGCACGUCUGUCACAUAGAGGGAUGUAAUAAAGUAUAUGGGAAAACGAGUCAUCUACGGGCUCAUUUGAGGUGGCACACCGGUGAACGACCAUUUGUUUGUAGUUGGAUAUUUUGUGGUAAGAAAUUCACUAGAUCGGACGAACUUCAAAGGCAUCGUAGAACGCAUACCGGAGAGAAAAGAUUUCAAUGUCCUGAAUGUACGAAAAAAUUCAUGCGAUCAGACCAUUUAACGAAACACAUAAAAACGCACACAAAAAUAAGAAGUACGGAAGCAGCUACUUCGACGCAGGAAGGUUCAUCUGACAGUCAAUCUUCUACAGAAGAAAAAAUUAUUAUUGCUGUUCAUAAAGAAACAGACCAGUCUGAUAUGGUUAUAUCAGAGCAAAUGGACGACAUUAAAACUCAACCAACGAAUCAUGUGACGAACGAAUAAAAUAUGAAUAUUCGUGCAGUGUAAAGAUUCCACUGCCCUUGAGGAUUUAGAUAAAUAUGUUAGUUGAACAGUAGUUCGUUGGUUGGUCGGUUGGUUGGUUGGUUAGUUGGUUGGUUGGUUGAUUAGUUGGUUGGUUGAUUGUUACGAUACCAACGUCAAAGAAAGAUUAAAUUUAUUAAUAAACAUAACGUUAAAUUGUUUGCAAUCUGCAAAGAUUAUUGCAAUUAUUUUCUGCAAUUAAACAAAACAGAGAGAAAGCAGAAACUUUUUACAGGGAUUAUCGUAAUUCAUAGUACAUAGAAAAUCUAUUUUUGUAUUGAAAUGAUAUCUGUAAAUAUGUACAUAAUGUAUAUCAAUGUAAAAAUUUUUGCACAAAAUGAAUUUUACACUUAUAAACCGUUUUUGAUAUUAUAAUUCAUAGAUAUGGUUCAGUCUUUCACCUUAUUGUAACAAAAUUUUUAUGGCACCUAGGGACAAUAAUGUGUUAUGUUGAAUUAAUGUUUUCAUACACACUAAAUAGUAUAACGUAAAAAAUAAACAAACAAAAGGUUAUUUUGUAUUUUUAUGAGAUUGAUUAUUGCUUUUAGUUGUUUGUAGACAAAAACAUUGGAUAACUAUCUUCAAAAAGCUUUGUUCUACUAUUUACACGCGCAUUUUAUUGUACGUUAAUUAUACCAUUCAUUAAAAGACUGCUUCAUCAAAUGACAGGUUAUCGUCUUUUUUCAUGCAUUUUAAGUGUAACGUGUAAAUAUUAUUACCUAUAAUUGAAUCAUUAAAUUUCGCGUGUAUUAUAAACAUUUUACAUACGUAGUUUUUUUUUAAAUCAGCAAUAUUAUUUACCGUUUCAUUUAUUUUUUAAUAAACGAUGAAAAUAAAUUAUCGCGUUUCUUGUUAUCGACGAAGGUGACAUACAUCUUCGGAAAGAGACAGAAAUAUAUCAAUAAUUAGAAACAAUGGAUUUGCUGUUUUAUUGUACACCCUAAAAGUCUCUCAGGUGUGGUGUGUAUUCAGGUGCACUCGACGUAUGCAUGUUCAAUCGAAUCUGACUCGUCAAUGCCAUAAACAAACGGACAACUAUUAUCGGAAUGUGCAUAAACUCGAUCGUUUGUACACGUAUCAGGUCUACAUUGACUUGCAUCCGUAUUAAGUAUCAGUGUAUUUGAAUUGGCCGAGUUCUGGAAAAUUUUGGAAUGUCGUGGGUUCCGUUCAUUCACACUGAAUCAAAACCAGACACAAAUUGCGGUAGUUUCAAAGAUCGUACCGCGGUAGGAAGAAAAUCGUGUUGUCAAU